UUCCCUGAAACUCCACUCUCGCAUUCUCUGUUUUCUCUACUGGAAAAAAAAUAAAUUAAAAAAAAAAACUAAAAACUCAAAAUCUACCUUUCACGCAUCAAAAGGCAAAACCACUAUAUGUUUCUCCCUUUCAUAAACCCCUUUCCAAACCCUAGACGUUGCAGCAAUCAGGAUUUAUUUUUUAAGCCCAAUUGCUUCUUUAUACCUUUAAUUUUAAAAAAAAAAAAUUGAGGAAAAUUUGAAGAAAUCCAUUAUUUGAAGCCUUCUGUUUGGAAAUUAGGGUUUCCCCCUUUUUUUUUAAUUGAUGAAUGGCUACAGGGCCAAUUGCUGCAGUCGGUGGCGAUUCUCGAGGGAAACAGAGAUGGGUGGAGCAUAGCAAGAGCAAAAAGAAAAUUUAUGCCCAAAAAACCCAAAACAAAUCUCUAAAUUCCACCUAUAUCCCUCAGCCGCAACACUCGUAUCAAGCCCUUUCUCCUGACGACGACGACGACGACGACGACAACUCCUCGCCGCUGCAGCAGAAGCGCUUAGACACCAUGGAGUCCGACGAUUCGUCGAGUCACAAUCGCUUACAACCGGUCCCACACAACUCCAGAAGUGGGACCUGCAAUUCGCUACCCGGGUAUGUGCAAUUUGAUGAUAAGGUGAGAAUUAGCUUGUAUAGUGGAUCAAAAUCGGUCAUUAGAGAGCUGAAGAGAAAGCUAGUGAGUGAACUUGAUCAAGUUAGGAGCUGGAAAAAGAAACUUGAAGCUAAAGAAAUUCAGUUUAACGAUAAUGGAAUGAUGGAUACCAACGGAGUUGGUACUCUUGCUAGGGUUAAUUCUGAGGUGAGUUAUGUGGGACCUACCAAUCCACGGCCGUUGCAGGGUUUAGCUGUGUCCGUGGAUGAUAACUGUAAUCAUUAUGAUUACGGUAGUGUUGGUGAGAAUGUGAAUAAAGAGAAGAAAACCCCAAAGGUGAAUCAGAAUCAUAAGAAUCUGGAUUCUGUGAGGAGGGGAAAGAUUUUGAAUUCAGAGAAUGAGAAGAAGUUGAAGCUAGGUAAUGGAGGGAAAAAGGGCAGUGGGGGAAAAGUAAUGAAGUUGGGUUCAGGGAUGGAUAAACAUAGUAGAGAGAUGUUAAAGAAGUGUGGAGACUUGUUGGAAAAGUUGAUGAAGCAUCAGUAUGGAUGGGUGUUUAAUGAACCUGUGGAUGUGAAGAAAUUGAUGUUGCAUGAUUAUUAUAAGAUCAUCAAACAUCCCAUGGAUUUGGGGACAGUUAAGAGUAGACUGAAGAAGAAUCUGUAUGAAUCGCCUAAGGAGUUUGCAGAGGAUGUGAGGCUGACAUUUAAUAAUGCCAUGACAUAUAAUGAGAAAGGGCAGGAUGUCCAUAUUAUGGCAGACGUAAUGUUGAAGUUGUUUGAGGAAAAGUGGGCGGCUCUUAAGGGUGAGUUCAACUUUAAUGACAGGUUUGAUAUGGGGUAUGAUGCAAGUAUUCCCACACCCACUUCAAAGAGAGCUCCCGCUUCUGCCCCUACUUCUGCUCCUCCACAGAAAAUGCCCUUGGAGACAGGGACAUUGGAUAGGUCAGAGUCUAUUACAAAGCCAAUGGAUUCCAACUUGAAGGCGACAAAUAUUGCUGCACAUGAAGGAAGGAUGCCUAUAUCAAAGAAGCCUAAAGCAAAGAAUGAUCAAAAGAGAGAAAUGACUUUUGAAGAGAAGCAGAGACUGAGUACAGACCUACUGAGUUUGCCUUCGGAAAAAUUGGAUAGUGUUGUCCAGAUUAUCAAAAAAAGGAACCCUGGGCUUUGCCAACAAGAAGAUGAGAUUGAGGUGGACAUUGAUAGUUUUGAUACUGAAACACUAUGGGAACUUGAUACAAUUGUUACCGAUUACAAGAAGAGUUUGAACCAAAACAAGAGAAAAUCUGAACCUGUUUUUCAAGCAAGAGAAGAAGCUGGGCACAACUUCCAUGAGACUACUUGUACAUCAACUGCGGCAGAGGCACCAAAAGAAUCAGUAGCAGUUGAAGAGAUUGUCACUACAUCUCCUGAUCAAGUAGAAAAACAAGGUGAUAAUGGAUCAAGUAGUUCAAGCAGUUCUGGCGGUGACUCUGGAUCCUCUUCAAGCGAUUCUGACAGUGAUAGUUCCUCAGGAUAUGGAUCAGAUGUGCGCCAAUGACAUAAGAGUUGGUAGAUUUAGUUAAAGUAGGACGCAUUAUUCUUGGUUAUUGAAUUUUAACUUCCCUUGUUUCCCCUUGACCGUAGAUAAUAGUCAUUCAAGCUGUAGAAUAUCAGUUUACCCCCUAAAGUUAAUGGCUAAGCUGCUCACUGUUGAAUUGCUUUCAAAACAUAUGGGUGGUUGUAAGGUAAUGGCAACACCAACAUGCUAUGUGAUUAUGUGAUAUAUAUAUCUGUUACGUUGGCUGUAUGAUAGUUUAAUAAAGCAAAGUACAUGCUGAAUCUA